GACUGACGGAGACAUCAGGAGCCAGGUCGCGGGUGACUCCCAGCAAGUGGCUGCUACAGAAAGAUGCCAGUCCGCAGGGGCCACGUCGCUCCCCAAAACACUUACCUGGACACCAUCAUCCGCAAGUUCGAGGGCCAGAGUCGUAAGUUCCUGAUUGCCAAUGCACAGAUGGAAAACUGUGCCAUCAUUUACUGCAAUGACGGCUUCUGCGAACUCUUUGGCUACUCCCGUGUGGAGGUGAUGCAGCGACCCUGUACCUGUGACUUCCUCACAGGCCCCAACACUCCAAGCAGUGCUGUGUCCCGCUUGGCACAGGCCCUGCUUGGGGCUGAAGAGUGCAAGGUGGACAUCCUCUACUACCGAAAGGACGCCUCCAGCUUCCGCUGCCUGGUGGAUGUGGUUCCGGUGAAGAAUGAGGAUGGGGCUGUCAUCAUGUUUAUCCUCAAUUUUGAGGACCUGGCCCAGCUCCUGGCCAAAAGCAGCAGCCGAACCCUGAGCCAGCGCCUGUUGUCACACAGCUUCCUGGGCUCUGAGGGCUCUCACGGCAGGCCGAGUGGACAGGGGCCCGGCCCAGGCAGGGGCAAGUACAGAACCGUCAGCCAGAUCCCACAGUUUACACUCAACUUUGUGGAGUUCAACCUGGAGAAGCACCGCUCGGGCUCCACCACAGAGAUUGAGAUCAUUGCUCCUCACAAGGUGGUGGAGCGGACACAGAAUGUCACUGAAAAGGUCACCCAGGUCCUGUCCCUGGGCGCAGAUGUGCUGCCAGAGUAUAAGCUACAGGCACCGCGCAUCCACCGAGGUACCAUCCUGCACUACAGCCCCUUCAAGGCCGUGUGGGACUGGCUUAUCUUGCUUCUGGUCAUCUAUACAGCAGUCUUCACACCCUACUCAGCCGCCUUUCUGCUCAGCGACCAGGACGAAUCACAGCGUGGUACCUGUGGCUAUACCUGCAGCCCACUCACCGUGGUGGACCUCAUCGUGGACAUCAUGUUUGUUGUCGAUAUUGUCAUCAACUUCCGAACCACCUAUGUCAACACUAAUGAUGAGGUGGUCAGCCACCCCCGACGAAUCGCUGUCCACUACUUCAAGGGCUGGUUUCUCAUUGACAUGGUGGCUGCCAUCCCUUUUGACCUGCUCAUCUUCCGCACUGGCUCAGAUGAGACCACCACUUUGAUCGGGUUACUGAAGACGGCACGCCUCCUGCGGCUGGUGCGUGUGGCCCGGAAGCUGGACCGAUACUCUGAAUACGGAGCCGCCGUACUUUUCCUCCUCAUGUGCACUUUUGCACUCAUCGCACACUGGCUGGCCUGCAUCUGGUACGCCAUCGGCAACGUGGAACGACCCUACCUGGAGCCUAAGAUUGGCUGGCUGGACAGCCUGGGCGCACAGCUUGGCAAGCACUAUAAUGGCAGCGACCCAGCCUCGGGACCGUCUGUACAGGACAAGUAUGUCACAGCCCUCUACUUCACCUUCAGCAGCCUCACCAGCGUGGGUUUUGGCAAUGUGUCACCCAACACCAACUCUGAGAAGGUCUUCUCUAUCUGCGUCAUGCUCAUUGGCUCCCUUAUGUACGCCAGCAUCUUCGGCAACGUGUCGGCCAUCAUCCAGCGCCUGUACUCGGGCACUGCGCGCUACCACACGCAGAUGCUGCGUGUCAAGGAGUUCAUUCGCUUCCACCAGAUCCCCAACCCGCUGCGGCAGCGCCUGGAAGAAUAUUUCCAGCACGCCUGGUCCUACACAAAUGGCAUCGACAUGAACGCGGUGCUGAAGGGCUUCCCUGAGUGCCUGCAGGCCGACAUCUGCCUGCACCUGCACCGUGCGCUACUGCAGCACUGCCCCGCCUUCCAAGGUGCCAGCAAGGGGUGCCUGCGUGCGCUCGCGGUCAAGUUCAAGACCACGCACGCACCGCCUGGAGACACGCUGGUGCACCUGGGCGAUGUGCUCUCCACGCUCUACUUCAUCUCUCGAGGCUCCAUCGAGAUCCUGCGCGAUGACGUGGUCGUGGCCAUUCUAGGAAAGAAUGACAUCUUUGGGGAGCCUGUUAGUCUCCAGGCCAGGCCAGGCAAAUCUAGCGCGGAUGUACGUGCCCUGACCUACUGUGACCUGCACAAGAUCCAUCGAGCAGACCUGCUGGAGGUGCUGGACAUGUACCCCGCCUUUGCAGACACCUUCUGGAAUAAGCUAGAGGUCACCUUCAACCUGCGGGACGCAGAUGGGGGUCUCCAGGCAUCACCCCGACAGGCCCCAGGCAACCAAGAACCCCAAGGCUUCUUCAUCAAUGACAGCCAGUCAGGUGCAGCCCCUUCCCUGAGCAUCUCAGACACAUCUGGGCUUUGGCCUGAAUUGCUACAGCAAAUGCCUCCGAGUCCUCCGAACCCACAGCAGAACCUGGAUUGCUGGCCUCAAGAGCUAGGCUCUAAGUUAGAGCAGCUCCAGGCCCAGAUGAACAGACUAGAGUCCCGCAUGUCCUCAGACCUCAGCCAUAUCCUACAGCUGCUUCAGCAGCCACAGGGCCACACCAGCUACAUCCUGGGAGCCCCUGCCUCCAGUGACCUGGCCUUGUUUCCUGAAACUUCAGUGACUCGGAGUCCAGAGCCCAGGCUUCUGGUGGGACAUCCUGCACAGACCCUAAGCUAUGGUGACUUCGACAAACAUAUUCAGAAGCCCAGGAUGAGUCACUUGGCUGUGGCAAUGAACCAAACUCUCAUACCAUCCUCAGAACAAGAACAGCCUGAGGGGCUCCUGUCACCUCUGGCCUCAUCUCUCUGUUCCCUGGAAACACAGGGACUCAUCAGUGGUCCCCGUUUUCCCUCCCUUCCUGAACACCUCAGCUCUGUUCCCAAGCAGCUGGAGUUCCAGAGACACGGUUCAGAUCCUGGCUUCACAAGGAGUUAGAGCCAUUGGGUACCAAGAUAAGAGCCACCAUGAGGGGACUGAAAUACAGUGAGGAGGGAGUUAAGCCUCUUG